AUGUUGAGAAAGUUCCGGAACCAAGUCUUGGAUGAAAAUGCACAAUUUUUUGCCGACGUAUCUGAUGUGUCGAGCGUUUUGAAUGUAAUUAACGUGCCUUUAGCUAAUGGUAAUGGAGACACUUUAACUUUAGCUCUAACGAUAUUAGCUGAACAUAAAAUGAGGGUCAAGGUUUUGGAGCCCGACCAUCGUCGAUAUGAACUUGUUGACGUGCUACUUGAUGACAUAGAGGAAUAUCCGCCUUCAGUGGAAAAGACAUCUGAUGAAAUAACUAUAACUUCAAGUCACGCGGAACACUGCAAAGUCGUGGUGAGGAAGGGGCCACCAUUUGUGGUUGAAUUUUACCAUGAAGGUCGACUGGAGGUAGUUCUAAAUGGAGACAGGCUAGUUAUGGAAAAUACCGAUACAAGCCAGGCGUUUAGUUUUGCUGUCGAAUUUGAGGGAUCUAGCAAACUCUAUGGACUUGCACACCACUCCUAUCAACUUGCCUUGAAAGAGACAACAGACGGUUCGUCCGAUCCCUUCCGAUUGAAAAAUACAGAUAACUGGGGAUACGACGCAGACUCGACCACAGCUUUGUAUGGAUCCAUACCAGCAAUCUAUGGACACUCAGCUAAUUUCACAUCGGGUGCAUUUUUACACAACGCAGCUCAAAUGUUUGUGGAUAUCACUUACUCGGGUAAUAGACCUUCAGCUUACUUUAUGGUAGAAGGUGGUUCCUUAGAUCUUUUCAUACUCAUCGGACCUACGCCUAAGGACGUAGUAAGGCAGUAUACUUCUUUAACUGGUGUCAACAGCAUGCCACCGGCAUGGGCUUUGGGUUACCACCAAAACCGCUACACUUACUGGACACAGGAAGAAGUCAAAGAGGUAGUUGCGUUGAUGGAUGCUGCUGAUUUUCCCUUGGACGUCAUCUUCCUCGACGAUGGCUAUACCAACGGGAACAGGUACUUCCAGUGGAAUCCAGAAAACUUCACUGAUCCUUUGGAGAUGCAGCAAAACGUAUCGGCCACUGGUCGCCAUAUGAUCGCGGUUUCUGACCCACAUGUGGCUGUGGAUGAGAACUAUUUUAUGUACGUCGAAGGCAAAGAGUUAGAUUUCUAUGUGAAGAAUUCCGAUGGAAGCGAUUUUCAAGAUUACAGCUGGCCGGGGCUGUCAGUAUGGGUGGACUUUUUGAAUCCUGCCGCUCGAGAUUGGUACGGGAAUCUAUUCCUCUACGAACAUUUUCAAGGAACAACUGAAACCAUUGGAGGAUUCUGGAACGACAUGAACGAACCAUCUAUUUACAAUGACACCAUUGAAAGGACAUUUCAUCCAGAAUUAGUUCAUUAUGGGCAAGUCACGAACAGAGAAAUUCACAACAUAUACGGACUAUUACAUCAAAAUAUUUAUCAAAUAUCUUUAUUCUUCCUUCAGGUUAAAGCUACCAACAAAGGAUUAGCUAUAAGAGACAAUUAUGAGAAACGAGUGUUCAUCCUAAGUCGUUCCCAUUUCGCGGGAUCUCAAAGAUAUGCUGCUGUAUGGACUGGAGAUAACAUCGCUGACUGGCCUCAUCUUCGAAACAGUAUCUCCGAAUGCCUUACAUUCAAUUUGUUAGGAACGGUAAUGUGUGGUGCAGAUGUUGGAGGCUUCUUCACAAAUCCAACAGACGAGAUCUUCCAGAGAUGGUAUCAGGCUGCUAUUUGGAUCCCAUACUUUAGAGCUCACUCCAACAAGGGAACAAUUCGUCGAGAGCCCUAUCUGUACCCUGAAGAAAUUCAAGCAGUGCUGAGGCUUGCCGUGAAGACACGCUACAAGCACAUACCAUACUGGUAUCUGCUCAUGUUCGAGCAUACCCAAAGCGGAGAUCCCCUGAUCAGACCACUUUUCUACAGUUAUCCUGAGUAUCUCGAGUACGAUGACCACCUGUUAUUAGGUGAGGAAAUUCUUGCAAGGCCUGUGCUGGAGCCUGAAGUAAGUGAAGUGGCAGUCACUUUUCCUGGAAGUAAUUUGUGGUACAGAGUUGAUGACGACUCAUGGAAGAUUUAUGAAGGUGCCAGUGAACAAAAUGUAGCUGUAAACAUUACCACAUCGCCAUUCUUUUACCGAGGUGGCAGUAUAAUUGUUAGGAAAGACAUUGAAAGACCAUCCACCACGCAGAUGGCAGAUGAUCCAUUCCAAUUGUAUGUGACUUUAGAUGCUAAUAACAAUGCAGAAGGACGAAUAUACUUUGACGACCAUGUUAGUCUAGAAUUUAGUACUAAAGAAUCUUAUUAUUACUCUAGACUCAUAUACGACUAUGCAACAAAUGGAGUCAAAUUCGAAACCAUUUCCGGCAAUCCUGAAGGCUUUAAUGCACGUAUCCAAAGUAUUGUAGUACACCAACAAGGAGAAAACAAAGAGACUGUGACCAAAACUUACACAACCACAAGAGAUGGCACACCUUUGGAAAACAUAGACAUCAUUCAGAUGCAUAAACUAAUGCAAAGUGACAAUAGCUUCACUCUGUAUCUCUAGACUCGAGAUAAUACAUUUUGACGAUAAAAAAUAAAAGAUUUCUGACGUACAUUAAAA